CCCUUUUGCUUGUUUUGACAUUUAGUUGCCGCGUUUAACUUUCAAAGUAUCUCAAAACGUCCCGUAAUUUCGUAGUUUACACGUUAAGGUUAUUUUUUUGUAUGUUUUACUUUUUGUAUUAGACCAAGCAAACUUGAACUUAGGCAAUUUUAACCACAAAAAGUGAAUUAGUGUGUUAACAUAGAACAGGCGUUUCCUCUUUGGCAUAAACCGCAUCCUGACAAUCGAGGACAAAAGACGUGCGCGCUGCAACUUCUUACACAUGUUUCAGAAAAGCCAUCGUGCGACUUUUUAAAGCUGCAUCUCGCACGCGAGAAAAACAUCUCAGUGAACAAGAGUCUCCGUGCGCAGAUGCAAACUGUCUACUUAAGCAAGACGACUGAAGCAAAGGAAGGAACAAUCCAAAGGGCGUGUCUCUGGAGUUGUUCACUUGUACGGCGAAUGAGAUGGGCCAAACUCGCUCCGUUCCCUCACAUUCAACCGCCGCCACCACGACCACCCCAGACAGCGCAGCAUGGAAAGCAAGCGAGGCGGCCCGACGUCCCGACACUCGUAGACCAAAUAUCAGGAAAAAGCGUCAUACUCUCCGGAUAAACGGGAAUCCGAUGAAAAGACAAGCGUUGUCGUGCUUGGGAAGGCGAAAGCGAGACUCCAGCCCGACGCAACCGGAGCCAAGCUGCGGAAACAAAGCGGUGGAGCCAGCCGCCCGUCAAGAACGUCGAGAGGGAAAGUUAGCCAGGGACGAGGCCGUAUCGGCGGUCGAGGAGCAGCGAAUCCCCGCCGCUGGCUUGUUGGAGGCGCCGACGCCUACCCGAGAUGUGAGCGCGGAGACGGCGCUUGUUUCAACCGAGAAGCCACUCGCGAGGAGGCGGAGCGCUGAAGUCAGUGCUUCGGACUGCGUCGAGACGAGCGCCGCGCAGGAGGACAAUGCCUCGGACCCCCCUGCGGGGGCCAUGGAGUAUCAGCCACGGGGGGAAAAUAGCCAUGAUCGUGUAAUGGCACCAUUGGGAGAGUUGUGCCCCGAUGAGUCGGACUCUAAGCGGACUUUAACAAGCUCACAGUCUGGCGAUUGUGAUAAUCAAGUGGCCGAUUCGACUACAGUGACCAAAAGUGAUUUAAUUAUCAUCCCCUGUCCGCUCGAUGACACAGAUUGUGACUCUGAAAAGCCCCCCCGGACUCUUUCUUAUCGCGGCCCCAUACCGAAACUCAUCAUCACCCGGGACCCCAGUCCGACUCGAUCCGAGGAGUCGUCAACUCGGCUGAGCCUCCGCACCGAGCUCAGCGCCGGGUGGGGCUCGGAGCUACACCCAGACGACGAGUCUCCGUGCUCGGACAGCGGCUGCGGGGGGUCCCCGGCACUGAUGCGCUCUCCCAGGAAGCUGUCCAACUCAUCUUCUCUCGGCCUGUCGUCCGCUUCGUCUUUUGAGGAAUCCGAGGACGACUACACGGGCAGCGACAUCGAGGCCAGUUUGUCCCCGACUAUGACCCUCAGCAGCCCGGAGGAUGGCCCGUCGAAUAAGUCGUGGCAUAAGUUGAAGACAAUGGUGCACUGGUCUCCCUUCGUGGUGUCCUACAAGAAGCGCUACCCGUGGGUGCAGCUCGCCGGCCACGCGGGUAACUUCCGGCCGGGCGAGAACGGUCGUCUGCUAAAGCGCUACUGCGAGUGCGAGCAGCAGUGUCUCCAGAAGCUGAUGAAGGACACUCUGCAGCCGUACGUGCCCGGUUAUUACGGCGUGGUGCAGCGCGACGAGCAGGACUACAACCUGAUGGACGAUCUGGUGGCUGAUUUUGAAUCGCCGUCCAUCAUGGACUGUAAAAUGGGCAGCAGGACCUAUUUGGAGGAGGAGCUAAUGAAAGCCAGAGAGCGACCCCGCUUACGCAAGGAUAUGUACGAGAAGAUGGUGGCCGUGGACCCCGGGGCCCCCACCGAAGAGGAGAGGGCCCAGCAGGGCGUGCUCAAGCCCAGAUACAUGCAGUGGAGGGAGACGCUCAGCUCCACCGCCACGCUCGGCUUCCGCAUCGAGGGUAUCAAGAAAUCUGACGGCACCUGCAACUCCAAUUUUAAGACCACCAAACUCAAAGAGGAAGUGAUGCGGGCCCUGGAGGACUUUGUUGACGGAAACACUCAGACCUUGAAGCUCUACCUGCAAUGCUUGGAGGAGCUGCGGUCAGUCUUGGAGCAGUCGCAUUUCUUCAAGACCCAUGAGGUGGUGGGCAGCUCUCUACUGUUUGUACACGACGCCUCGGGGAAGGCCCGCGUGUGGAUGAUCGAUUUUGGCAAGACGGUACCGCUGCCCGCACACAGAACCUUGGACCACCGGACCCCCUGGGUGGAAGGCAACCAGGAGGACGGCUACAUGUGGGGGCUGGACAACCUCAUAGAUAUCUUCACCUCCAUGCUGCCGCAGGGAUCCUGAGCCGCUCAAGACUUGUCCAUAACAAAACUGGAACAAGUGGACAAUGCGGACUCGUUCCACCGUAAGCAAGAUAGGACUUGUUCUUCGUCGUCGGAACAUCGCAGCCUUCCUGGGAGGUUAUUUUGCCUCCUUUUGGGGUUUGCAAACAAACACUCAGCAACACUAAAACGCUGGUUAUUCAACCACGUCAACGCCAAGUGUAAAUAUAAAUGUAUUUAAAUUUUUUUUUUCUUUUUUCUGGGCUUUAUGUAACCCGCUUACCUUUUGUACAAAUUCUGUGCCUAGCUUUUUAAAAGAAGACAUUCUUGCUA